AACGAACUCUUCUGCGUGUUGAGACCAAGAAGCUUAUCCCGGAAAAAUAUCAAUAUGAUCCAUAUCCAUGAUGCAACGACUCUGUAAACCGUGAUUGAAUAGAGUGAAUGUUUCAUAGACCCUUUUAAAACAACACAAUGCCUAUUAAAUGUAACCUCUGUGAUUCUGGAGCUAUUCUGAAGCGACCCAAAACGGGGGAUGCCUUGUGUAAGAACUGCUUUUAUUUUGCCUUUGAGGAGGAGGUCCACAAAACUAUUACAGAUGCUAAUCUGUUUGUCAGAGGGGAGACAGUUGCAAUAGGGGCCUCAGGGGGCAAAGAUUCCACUGUGCUGGCCUACGUUCUGAAAGUCCUGAACCAGAGAUAUGACUACGGCGUUAACCUGGUUCUGUUGUCUGUCGACGAGGGGAUCACCGGAUACCGGGACGACUCACUGGAGACUGUGAAGAGAAACCAACAGCAGUAUGAGCUGCCAUUAAAGAUUGUCUCCUAUGAAGAGUUGUAUGGAUGGACAAUGGAUGCAAUAGUCAGACAGAUUGGACUGAAAAAUAACUGUACGUUUUGUGGAGUGUUUAGACGCCAGGCCCUGGAUAGAGGAGCCCUGCUAAUGAAAGUAGAUAGAAUAGUCACAGGACACAAUGCAGAUGACAUUGCUGAAACAGUGAUAAUGAAUGUGCUGAGGGGAGACAUUGGACGAUUACAGAGAUGUACGGCCAUUACCACGGGAACAGAGGGAGCUCUGCCGAGAAGUAAACCAUUCAAGUACACCUACGAAAAGGAAAUUGUCAUGUAUGCUUAUUUUAAGAAGUUGGAUUACUUUUCAACAGAGUGCAUAUAUUCCCCAAAUGCGUAUCGAGGUUUUGCUAGAGCUUACAUCAAGGACUUGGAGAAGAUUCGACCGUCUGCAAUUAUCGACAUUAUACACUCCGGAGAGAGUCUGUCGGUGAAGAAGGCAGUCAAACUUCCCACACAAGGCACCUGUGAGAGGUGUGGCUAUAUAUCAAGUAACCCACUGUGUAAAGCCUGUAUCUUACUGGAGGGCCUUAACAGAGGGCUGCCCAGGCUUGGAAUCGGCAAAAGUCACAAAGAGAGACGCAAGUUAAACGAAAUGUUGGCACAGAAAGCUGAAUUGGCUAAGGAGGAGACAAAUCUAGAUAGUGGAAGGGAGACAACUGAUGAUGUGUCCGAGGAGAAGACUAAUAAGAGGCGGGGAUCAACAGAGACCACACAGAAGUGUACAAACUGUUCCUGCGAGGGAAACUGUUUGUCUGAUAAAGUGGAGAAAUUACAGCUUGACAGGCGGAAGAUAGACCCAGCUCUCAUUGACUUCUGACUUAUUUUCUGUUGUGAUGAAAUUAUUUUAACAUCUAUUUAUUUUUAAAUCCAAUAAGAUAUUAUUAUCAAACUUUGGAGAUUGUUUUCAAUAAAUAAGCUUGCUUUUGAGAAAA